AUGAAAAAUAAAACUACACUGACUGAAUUCAUUCUGCUGGGUCUAACAGAUGUCCCUGAACUCCAAGUGGCUGUUUUCGCCUUUCUGUUCCUCACCUAUCUGCUCAGCAUCACUGGAAAUCUAACUAUCCUCUUGCUCACCUUGCUGGAUUCACAUCUUCAGACACCUAUGUAUUUCUUUCUCCGGAACUUCUCCUUCUUAGAAAUUUCCUUCAUAAACAUCUUCAUUCCCAGAGUCCUGAUCAGCAUCACAACAGGAAACAAGAGUAUCAGCUUUGCUGGCUGCUUCGCUCAGUAUUUCUUUUCUAUCUUUCUUUUGUCAACAGAGUUUUAUCUUCUGGCUGCUAUGUCCUAUGAUCGCUAUGUGGCCAUCUGCAAACCCCUACAUUACAUGACAAUUAUGAGCGGUAGAAUCUGCAAUCAGAUGGUCCUCUGCUCUUGGCUGGCUGGGCUGAUGGUCAUUAUACCACCAAUCACCAUAAUGAGUCAGCAGGACUUUUGUGCAUCCAACAAGCUCAAUCAUUAUUACUGUGACUAUGAGCCUCUCCGGGAACUCUCCUGUUCAGACACAAGCCUCAUAGAGAAGGUUGUCUUUCUUGUGGCAUCUGUGACCCUGGUGGUCACUCUGGUGCUGGUCAUUAUCUCCUACACACUCAUCAUCAGGACUGUCCUGAGGCUCCCAUCUGCCCAGCAAAGAACAAAAGCCUUUUCCACUUGUUCUUCCCACAUGAUUGUCCUUUCUCUUUCUUAUGGAAGCUGCUUUUUCAUUUAUAUUAAGCCAUCAGCAAAAGAAGGGAACACAUUCAACAAAGUUGUAUCUCUACUCAUUACUUCAGUUGCCCCUUUGUUGAACCCUUUUAUUUACACGCUAAGGAAUCAGCAAGUAAAACAGGCCUUCAAAGAUACCAUUAAAAAGCUGAUGAAUCUUUAA